GGGUCGUCCAAAGCCAGCAUCGCCUUCAUAAUGUUAUUCACGUAAUAGGCGAAAACAAAACUUUAAAGUUCGUUAUGUAUUUAUUAGGUUUAGAAGUUAGUGAGGCAUAUAGUGAAAUUUCACGAGAAAAAUUGUUUGUCAAAAAACCUUUGGAUCAUCAUGUAACAUCAAAAUGUGCCUCAUUAUUGACAGACUUUUGUCGGUCAUCACCUGACAGUGGCAGUGACGAUGCUAGGUGCGACAAUACAGUGUUAUCUCAAGGUUUAAACCUUUACGUAACUGCUUAA